CGCUGGAACAGCCUUGUCACGCGGUGUUAGUAAAAGUUGGGAUCGGAACUCCGGCGAGAGCGACAGAGAAACCGACAGGAGGAGAGAUAGAGAGCAAGAGGGGGACGGGACAAUUAAACGGACAAUUCAUCAGCUUUAUAGCGGACAUUAAACGCUGGCAGAGAAAGCGCUUCUUUGUUGUUUACACAUUCGUCUGACAGACAGAACUGUGAGGAAGAGACACAGGACUUUUCUCUGAAGUUGAAGCCACAAUCUCACCAGUCAACUGAGGAAGAGGAGCUAACGACCUGUAUUUGGGAUCUUUUUUUGUUGUUAGUCAAACCAGGGGGGGGGGGGAAUACUAUUUCGUGCAUGGCCAAAACGCGUAUGAGUUAAAAUAACUAAAGUUGAAGUUUGGCGUCGUGGCAGUCGGUAAAUGUUGUGACAUUUUAGGAGAGCAUACGUUGCUCCAGCGGUCGACGGUCGACCCCGAGCUGUCAAACCCGAUGACGACUGCGAACUGCCCCGGGAACGAGGAGCUGGACUUCCGACUGAUUUUCGGAGAGGACGGGCAGCAGCAGCCGUUAGGCCCCGCAGAUCUGGAGCCUGAUGACAACACGUCGUUUUACAUCCUAAAUGUGGGCCAGCCCCAGUCUAUGGUCACCAACCACCAGUCUAUUGGCCUGCCUCGUCAUGGCAUGCAGUCCCACUCCCAGAUCAUCAGCACUUCCCAACGCCUUCACUCACACAAACCAGGAUCUGAACCUCCGAGCUAUGAGGCCCAGAACUCCAAGUACGGCACCUCCCCUCUGCUGCCCUCUGCUCCUGUGGAGGCACCAAAGGCCUUUGAGUGCCCCAGUAUCCAGAUCACUUCCAUCUCCCCCAGCUGCCAGCAGGAGAUGGAUGCCAAUGAGGAGGAUCUGAGGGCCAAUGGUCCUGAUGGGGACUACCACGGUGAUAGGCCCCUGUCCAGAGACCACCUUUAUUUGCCCCUGGACCACUCAUACCGGGACUCUUCGCUCAGCCCUAGUCCAUGCAGCAGCCUCUCCUCUAGGAGCUGGUUCUCUGACGCCUCCUCCUGUGAAUCCUUCUCACACGUCUAUGACGAUGUUGACUCAGAGCUAAAUGAAGCAGCUGCCCGCUUCACCCUGGGUUCCCCUCUUACUUCCCCAGGCUGUGUCUCCCCUCAAACCAGUGGUGGGGUUUUGGAGGAACAGACCCACUGGCAGCACCACCACCCAGCCUUUGUGCACCACUCUCACUCCAUCAGCCUGUCACCUCGACAGUCCCCCUGUCACUCGCCACGCACGAGUGUCACUGACGAAAAUUGGCUUAGCCCGCGGCCACCUUCAAGGCCUUCCUCACGUCCCACCUCACCCUGCGGCAAGAGGCGCCACUCCAGCGCCGACAUCUGCUACCCCGGCUCAUUGUCUCCUCAUCACUCCCCCACACCCACACCAGGACCUUCACCUAGGGGCAGCGUGACAGAGGACACCUGGGUUGGCAGUCCUUCUGUAGGCAUGUCACCCUUCCAGUGUUGCCCAUCUGAGGCAGACAUCCCAUCGAAGACAAGGAAGACCUCACAAGACAGAACGUCUAUAAAAACUGGGAAAGGGGAGCUGGGGCUAGAUGACCAAGGAAAUAUGUCUCCUAAUCUAGACUCUCCUUCAGACGAGGGCUUGCACAGCCUGAAAAAAGAUGGGCCCGGGGAACAGUUCCUUUCAGUACCCUCUCACUUCUCAUGGAAUAAACCCAAACCUGGUCAUACCCCUAUAUUCAGGACCUCUUCACUGCCUCCACUAGAUUGGCCACUGCCAAGCCAGUUUGGCCAGUACGACCUGAAGAUAGAGGUCCAACCCAAAGCCCACCACCGAGCGCACUAUGAGACUGAGGGCAGCCGGGGAGCCGUCAAGGCAGCAUCCGGAGGCCACCCAAUCGUCAAGCUCAUUGGUUACAGUGAGAAGCCCAUCAACCUGCAGAUGUUCAUCGGAACAGCAGACGACCGUUACUUGAGGCCGCACGCCUUCUACCAGGUGCACCGGAUCACCGGGAAAACCGUAGCCACAGCCAGCCAAGAAAUUAUCGUCUCCAGCACCAAAGUUCUCGAAAUUCCUCUCCUGCCUGAAAACAACAUGUCAGCCGGUAUCGACUGUGCUGGCAUCCUUAAGCUGCGGAACUCAGACAUAGAGCUACGGAAGGGGGAGACGGAUAUAGGAAGAAAGAACACGCGGGUUCGCGUGGUGUUCAGGGUGCACAUCCCUCAAUCCAACGGGAAGGUGCUGUCGCUGCAAGCAGCCUCUAUUCCUGUGGAGUGCUCCCAGCGCUCGGCUCAAGAGCUGCCCCAGGUUGACAAAACCAGCCUGACCAGCUGUCUGGUCAGCGGGGGAGAAGAGAUGGUCAUCACCGGCUCCAACUUCUUCCCAGAGUCCAAGGUCAUCUUCCUGGAGAAAGGCCCUGAUGGACGACCACAAUGGGAAGUUGAGGCAAAAAUAUUACACGAGAAAACUCAAGGAUCGUGCAUCAUGGUGGAGGUCCCUCCCUACCACAGUAAGUCUGUGGGCUCAGCUGUGCAGGUGCAGUUUUAUGUCUGCAAUGGCAAGCGGAAAAGGAGCCAAUCCCAACGCUUCACUUACCUUUCAGUCAUGGUGAAACAGGAGCACAGAGAAGAGCUGGACCUAGGAGCAGUACCCCCUAUGUCCAUGCCCCUGGCACAUGCUGCCAGUCUGGUGCGCACCCAGCUGCCUUCUCCUGAGCAGUGCCACCCAUCGGAAAACCUUCUGUCCAGCUCCCCUCAUGGCCUGGCCACCGGCUCCGGACCUGGCCUGCUACCCCUGCAGACCCCCUGCUCCUCCCUGGGCUCCCCGUCUUUCCAGCACCUGCCUCACCUCCAGGGUCGCAGCUUGCACCACCCUCCUGCAGACUGCCACAUGACGUUCCACCCGAGCUCUGACCCUGAUCCUCUUCCUGCUCCUCCCCGGCCCUCCUACCAGUCUAUGCAGCACAGCCACAGUCAUAGUCAUAGCAUGCCCUUCAAUGGCCAGUCCAGCCUUCCUCCUCAAGGCUACGAGAGGAUGCCCUUUCAGCACAGCCCCAGUGCAGCGUCACACCCAAUAAGCAUGGGAAUGGUGUACCCUUCCUCCCCUUGCUCCUCACCAUCAGCUCCCUCCUCUUCAACCACCAACCAUAUUGGUGGGUCUCCCCAGAGCCAGCAACCCCUGCUUGCCCCCUCAUCCCCACACCUGCACACACUCGGAGGCUAUCACUGCUCCCCAAAUCCCACCCGGGUGCCCUCUCCUGGUGGCCACCCCCUUGUAGGACAGCACUCUUCCCAACUGCAUAGAGCUAUGGGCUACCACCCAGUAAGUCAAAGGUCUGCCUCGUGUCCCACACCGUCCAGCGCCCCUGCUCCAAGGAUGAUCCCCUCUCCCCACUCGGGGCCUUCCUCCCCUCAGCUCCACUCGCUGCCCUACCACUCUCCCACCUCAUCCUCCCCCACCUCUGGAAGCAGUCCUCUGGGUCUCAUGCAACAGCAGCAUUCAGGACAGCCCUCUCCUCAGGCUACAAGCCCGGUCAUGGCCAGCCUGUCCCCGGUGGCAGCAGGGCCUCUGGGUCACCCUCUAAGCCCUCAGGGGCCGUUCCCCUCGGACGAAGAGGGGCUGACCAUCAAGCAGGAGCCUGAAGAGAGGGAGCCCACCUUCCGCUCCAUCGGCCUGCAGGACAUCACGCUGGAUGAUGUGAAUGAAAUCAUCGGCAGAGACAUGUCUCAGUCCCCCAGCACUCAUGGUCCUCCAUCAGCACACAACCAGUCAUAGCCCAGCCCAUGCUCAGGCCCUGACGCAGCCUUUUGAGUCAUGAACCACCGAACCCAACCCCGGACCCCGGUCCUGGUCCUGAUCCUGAUCCUGAUCCUGAUCCUGAUCCUGAUCCUGGUCCUGGUGCUGGUCCUUUUUGUGAUAGGACAAGAGGGCAGGGAGAGGCCAGGAAGGCCGUGGGCGAAGACAGAAUAUGGUUGCAGAUUCUGUUAAAGCCUCAUGGACCUGCUCCACCACAGAUUGACAAGAAGACACUCUCAUUUGUCUCCUCUGAUUUCAUUUGAAACUAUUUCUAUUAUUGAGAGAUAUAGAUACAACCCACACAGAUUAAAGAGAAAGGUGUGCAGGAGAAGUUACAGCCAGGUUGAAAUGGUUGGAGAAUAAGAUGUGACCCGCCCCUCUUCAUCAGGUGUGUGCCUGCCCUGUCAAAGCACCGCUGUCUUCCUGACCAAUCGGCUCUCCACGACUGUGGAGCACUGGCUUUUUAAAUAACUCUCUCUGUAGUGGAGGCAAUGCAACAGUGUCUGUUGUCGUCCCUCUCUCACCAGCAUAGACCUUCAUGAACGAAGAUGUCUUGAGAGAUAUAAGAAUGAGAAAACAGCAUGAGUGCACAGUGCUCUCACAGCAAGCCAGAGCUGGGAUCCCAAACUGUUGUGAAGGUUGUUUCAGUCCUCUGCAGUGAAAGAGGCAACACCUUUUGAAUAAACUUCAGGACACUAAAACUCUACAAAACAUGCUGGGUUUCUCUGAGCGAGCGUCAGCAAAAGUGUGGUGUGGCAAAACGAAUUGGAACACUUUGAAGUUGGAGAUGAAAAAUGAAUUAUUAGUUGUAAAUUUGUAUUACCACAUUCAGAUCAAACAACAAUGAGGGAUCAGAAUUUCAAUUAUCAGUAAAAACAAAAACAACAACAUUUGAAUUUGAAUAUCUGGUUGAACUUUCCAAUCCCAGUUUUUUCUCUCCUGGCUCCUUCAUGACAACAUUGUCCACUCCUGGAUCCUUUCCCUUGUUAGAUGAUAAAAUCAUUCAGGUCUGGAGUGCAGGGACCCGGCAGGGAGGUCGUGCUCCUCAGACGCUGGUCUGGGAUCUGCAACCUGCAACAUUCCACAACUUUUAGUAACCUUGCAGCUGUGUAGAUAUCUGUACAUGAAUCAACUUCUCUCUCUCUCUCUCUUUUCCUUCUUCUGUCUAUUCUGUUUCAUCACUUACGUCCUCCCUCUCCGGUAUUUUUUUUCUCUUCAAGUUGAACAAAUGCCUUAUUUAACACUUAGCAGCUUUGAAUGGUAGCUAAAGCUUUUUGUUGUUGUUGUUUUGCACAGCUGGCUUGGUGUGUGAUGAUAAUAUUGUUCCAGAAAGAUGAUUUUAUGAAUCCUGAUGAGGGUUGGAUGGGUUUCGGUUUUGAGUUAGCCUUCUAAUUUGUAUUCAAAGAUAUUUGAAGAUGCCCGUUAUUUCCACGUUACAAAGAAGUGUUUUUAUUAACCCACAGACGUCAUGCAAUAACUCCCCAUAUCUCCCAGGGGCCCUUGUGUGCCUUUGAAUUCCUAACAGCCACCGUACCUGUGAAGGUAUGACAUUUAAUGGGAAAAUGAUCUGACUAAAGUUUUGAAAGAAUGUUAUACAUAAAGAUGUUUAUAUAUUGCAUAUAUGUAUUGUUCCCCCCUCUUUAAUGAACAAGGUAAAACAAAAAAUAUCCCAAAGUCGAGAGAAGAACAUCUGGAUGCACUUUCCCUGUUUGCAACAAUCAAUGUUUUCUUUCCACAAUCAAACACUUCUCCUUAAUGGUGUCUAUUCCCAAUGAUGUAUUCAGAUAUGCAAUAACACCGUCUCUUCAGGCAGGUUUCGUGGAUGUGAACAGACAGAUUUCCAUUGGCUUUUUAAUUUGUUUGCCUUAAGCUUGACAAUGACGCUCCUCCAUAUGAGAGCUGAGGAGUGUCGCUUAUGACAGUUUGAAGUCAGUUUCCAGGUGAAAAUGAUUCUGCUAUGCAUUACAAUUUCUGCCUAAUGCCUUUAAAAAUGAGGAGGAGAAAAAAAAAGACAAAAAAUAAACCUUGAUGCCUCUAGAAGUAGUGUAGAUGUUGUAGAUGCUUGAUUAAUUAUGUUAGCAUCCAGGAGUUGUCCACCAGCCAAUCUGCCUUGUUAAGGACGCAGUGCAGUGUGUGUAUGUAUGAGAGUGUGUGUGUGUGUGUCUGUGUGUGUGUGUGUGUGUGUGUGCGUGAGUGAGUGAGUGUAUGGUUGACGUUUGUACCAAAUAUGCUGUACAGAAGACAGGAAUUGAGUCCUAUUUUCAACAACAGAUGCAAACACACGUAUUGAGGCUAUGCAAACUAUAAGAGCAGCAAAUGUGAGAUGACAUUGAAAAUGAAAAAGAAGAUUACAAACUAUUUGUAAUGUUGCUUAUGAAGAGCAGAAAAAAAACAUUCAGAUGAGAGUAUCAUGUCACUAUGUAAAACUAUUAGAAUGCCUUAACUCUUGUUCGAAAACCAGUUUGUCAGUGUGUCUGCUCUGGGUGGAUUUAUUUUUUGUUCCAUGACUAAAGACAUAAGUCGGUAACUAUUGUUAUUAUUUUCGUUUGUAUUUUUUGGGGGUGGGGUCGGGAGGGACACAUAGUGGACAUCUUCUUUUUUUUGUGCAUAUAAAGCUGGUUCUGCAGCUUGGAAGACUUGAGUCAACAAAAAAACUAAAACAAAACCAGCAUUGACAGUAAACUCUGGCGGCCGUCUUCGUCUGUCACAACCAAAGACUGAACAAUAUGUUCCUAUUUUACAUUAUGGUAAAGCAAACAGAGACUGUACAACUCUAUUUUUGAUACUUUGAAAUGGAUGUCAUUCCGAAAAGGUUGGGGACAUAUAUGAGUGUUGAAAAUAUACGUGUGUAUAUAUGUAUAUAUGUGUAUAUAUAUACAUAUAUAUAUAUAUAUAUACAUACAUACAUACAUACGUAUAUAUACCUACAUAUAUAUAUUUGUUUUGUAAAAUAAAAGGGAAAUACAGGUUUAGCUGAUGUUUACCGAGCCUUGUAUGGUCAUUUCUUGUAUAUUUUGUAUGUUAACAUUUUUGUAAUUUUUAAGACUGCAGUGCUUUUUGAAAUUAUUCAAAGGGAAUACCUUGCAUCAUACUGUAGGCUCUAAAGUAGUGUAUAUCAAUAAAACAGAAAACUCA